UGACCGAUUGCCACGCCGACUUCGACUCCGAACUGUUAAGCUGCAGCUGCAGCUGAUACCGAACCUGCGAUAUCCCUCCUCCGGACCGACGAUCCUCCAUCUAUAUAGAGGAUGAUGAUGAAUGAUCUCCAUGAGCUGAGCUAUGAUGAGUUUGAUCAGCAAUAUGGAGCGAACCCCCGAGCAUUGUAUGCCAAACUCCUGGGGGUACACCAGAGGAGCGCAGGUGAACUGCUGGACCGGGAUGCUCAGAUUGCAUCCUUAAAAGAUGAUUUGAAAGAUCUCCGUCUUGAGAAGACUGAGCUGGUGAAGAAAAUGAGAGAAGUUGUGGAGGACCGACACCUCUAUGCUAACCAGCUAGUGAAGAUGCUGGUACAAGGCAGCAUUCCAAGCACUCAGGAAGCAACUCCAACCAAUGUCUCAGCGUCUGCUGCUCGUAAGACGACCAAGAUCCCAGACCCUCCAACGCUCACGGAUGGCAAGGAGCCCCAAUUUGAAGACUGGAUGCUCCUUAUGUCUCAGAAGCUUGCUGCAAAUGCAGCCCAUUUUGACACUCCCCAUUCCAUACUUUGAAGGAUUGAGCACUAAUCCAGUGGAUCUCCAUUUUUGGUUCAUGUUGUAAUGAAGGGAUAUAAUCACCAUUUGCCAGGCGCAGGGAAGGUAUGCCUGGGGGACUGCGUGUGACAAUGGAGAUUCCCUGAUGAUAGAGCCAUGGCAGGCUGAGUAUCAGGUCUUCGCCAUCAAGACAAGGAACGAUAUAUGCAUACAUUUCCUGUUGUUUGUUGCCACCCAAAUCCAUGGAAAAGUAGGCAAUUUCUGUAAUUAGACCAUCUUAUGGGCCACCGAAAUCUCACAUUUUGUAUGGGAUACAGAGGCGCGCCUCUCGGUGAUAUGCGCCUUUCGGUGAUAGAUUACGGAGAAUUGUGCACUGAAUGGGCCAAAAAGGGCGGUGCCGAGGU